ACCCCCUCCCUCGGAGCUAUAACUGGAGUUGCCGACCGGACUCACUCCACGGCCCAGCACCUGAGUCCUGGCCUCCCGCUGUCCUCGCGGAACAGACACCAUGAGCUUCAGCACCCAGUCCAGCUUCUCCAACUACCGGUCCACCGGCUCCGUGCAGUCGAGCUACGCGCCGCGACCAGUCAGCAGCGCGGCCAGCGUCUAUGCAGGCGCCGGGGGCUCGGGAUCUCGGAUCUCCGUGUCCCGCUCCACCAGCUCCCGGGGCGGCUGGGGUUCCGGGAACCUGGGCACGCGGAUGGUCGGGUGUGUGGUGGGCGUGGGGGGCAUCCAGGGCGAAAAGGAGACCAUGCAAGACCUGAAUGACCGCCUGGCCUCCUACCUGGAGAAGGUGAGGAGCCUGGAGGCUGACAAUCGGAGACUGGAGAUCAAAAUUCGGGAACACCUGGAGAAGAAGGGACCCCAGGUCCGAGACUGGGGGCAUUACUUGAAGACCAUUGAGGAUCUGAGGGCUCAGAUCUUUGCAAAUUCUGUGGACAACGCCCGCAUCGUUCUGCAGAUUGACAAUGCCCGUCUUGCUGCUGAUGACUUCAGAGUCAAGUAUGAGACGGAGCUGGCUAUGCGCCAGUCUGUGGAGAGUGACAUCCACGGGCUCCGCAAGGUCAUUGAUGACACCAAUGUCACUCGCCUGCAGCUGGAGACAGAGAUCGAGGCCCUCAAAGAGGAGCUGCUCUUUAUGAAGAAGAAUCACGAGGAGGAAGUAAAGGGUCUACAAAACCAGAUUGCCAACUCUGGGUUGACCGUGGAGUUGGAUGCCCCCAAGUCUCAGGACCUGAGCAAGAUCAUGGCAGACAUCCGGGCUCAGUAUGACGAGCUGGCUCGGAAGAACCGAGAGGAGCUGGACAAGUACUGGUCCCAUCAGAUUGAGGAGAGCGCCACAGUGGUCACCUCGCAGACCGCUGAGAUUGGAGCUGCCGAGACAACCCUCACAGAGCUGAGACGGACCGUGCAGUCCCUGGAGAUCGACCUGGACUCCAUGAGAAACCUGAAGGCCAGCUUGGAGAACAGCCUGAGGGAGGUGGAGGCCCGCUACGCCAUGCAGAUGGAGCAGCUCAAUGGGGUUCUGCUGCACCUGGAGUCAGAGCUGGCCCAGACCCGGGCAGAGGGGCAACGCCAGAACCAGGAGUACGAGGCCCUGCUGAACGUCAAGGUCAAGCUGGAGGCUGAGAUCAACACCUACCGCCGCCUGCUGGAAGAUGGGGAUGACUUCAAUCUUAGUGACGCCGUGGACAGCAGCAACUCCAGGCAAACCAUCCAGAAGACCACCACCCUCAGGCUUGUGGAUGGCAAAGUGGUGUCUGAGACCUCGGACACCAAAGUUCUGAGGCAUUAAGAAGGCAGAAUUGAUGCCCUCUGGGGAGUGAGGGGCCAAUAAAAGUUCAGACGUUAUUGCAUACUA